AUGGAUGCUGAGUUGGAGAAUAUCAAGGCUACUCUCGUCGUUGAUAAGAGUUCUCGGAAAGCGGCCAAGCGCGCCUUGAAGGCGCUUCAGGUGCAGGACCCCAACAUUGAUGCUGAGUCCGAGACGGCCCUCGCCUCUCGGAGCCCGCCUGAGCAGGUCACAUGGGGCAAGUUCAGCGGGUGGGUGGACGAGGCCUUCGCGGAGGCGCCGUUCGAGGCCAAGUACUGGUGUGUGUUCAAAGCGACCAAUCCUGAUAUACUCAACAACGCGAAGGUGAAGAAGUUCGGCCAGGUCAACAUUGCCACCAUCGGGGGGAACCUCCCAGCAGGGAUCAGCGCCGACGACGUGUGGCUCUUUGACCCCAAAUGCCUUCACGUCUUCAGCGUCGGAACCCAUAAGAUCAAAAUCCGCGCGGGCGCAAGGAGCUCCUGCCCGGCGGCGUCAGGGGGAGCCCGCCCGCGGUUGGCGCUGCCGGCGCAGUCGGCGGCCCCCGCGGCGCUGCCGGAACCGCAGGAGCAGUCGAAGGAGCAGCCAGCGCCACAGGAGCACGUGAAGGAGGAGCCGAAAGCCCAGCCAGCCAACCCCGCCAUGCCCAAGAACCGGGCCAUCACCUCCGUGCCGUCAGACCCCGACAAGCGGCAUUGGUCCGAGAGGCUCGGCCAUCAGGUGGUGGAGUCCGUGUCGAAGGGACAAUGGUAUUGCAGCGAUCCUGUGGUGCCCGGUAACGUCAUGCAUUGCCUCAGGGAGUACAAGAGGCACGUCUUGAAUCUGGCUCCGAGUAGGACGGAAUGGCCUCAACAUGUUACGCGGUUCUUCUCUUACGUUUGCAACGAGAUCUGCAAGACCACGCACUUGGAUAUCUUGAGCGUUCUUGUGGGCGAGCUCCGCAGCAUCCACCAGAAGGCGCCGACCUUGCUCGACGACGGCGCCCAG